CACACGCCAACAGUCAGGUGUGAACUGCGAAUCGCUCAACAGUCUUACUAACUAUCCUCCGCAUCAGCUCCGUCAAUUUCUUGUUCUAAAGUGUUAAAAGUGAAGUAAAGUGACGGUAGGAUCGAAUUACAACAAAUCCAAUUUGUGCCCAAAAUGAAUACGAUCAGCAUUGCUGCCGUUCUAUUGGUGUUUGGUGCUGUAGCUUGCCACUGUUACGCGAUCGAUUGCAUGAAGGUAUGGGAUCAGGACAGCUUAAACGAGAUGCUGGAGGACCGGCGACGUGUCCGAGAGUCUUUGGGAUUGCCGGACGAGCCAAUAGACUGCUGUGGCAAUGUCGUGCAUAAUCAUGAUCACUCGGAGGAGGAAAAUACAGAUGAUGAGGCCACCGACGAUGAUGACGAUGACGACGAGGACCACUCUGAGGAAUUUUCCGAAGAGAAUGCCCACGAAGAGCGACACCGGCGCGAUCUAACACUAAACGAUGAUCGACAGGACAUUCCACUCGCCGAAGCUCAGGAUGACGCUAACGAUCUUGAGGUUGCUGAAACGCAUCUCUUCCGCCCGGUGUUCCGCUACAAGUCACAGUACACCGAGCGACGACGAGUGCGUACGCCUACCGAUGGCAACAACUUUGUACCGGCACCUGGGAUUAAUUGAACUGAGCAAAUCCAUUGUCAUCAUCACUCCAUCUGUGGUUUCCAUCUGUACAUGAUUCAUCUUACUGCGCAUCAAACCGGUGACAGUGGUCGCCCUCAGAGGAAGGAACGUGCGGCCACGAACACUGUACUAUUGUAUAUUGUAAUAAAAAUAGUUUUAACGUUA